AUGUAGGUUGUUCCUAUUUUAGCUCAUUAAACUUCAAAUUUUUCAAAUCUCUUCACUUAAAAUACCUUAGAAAAUCCAUCUAAGAUACAUUCAGUUGGAGCAGUUAAUAAUUUUUAGACAUUCUAAGCUUCUAUGGUAAGCGUAAAUGUUUUACAAUCUUCUUAAAGCAAAGAUGAUCUUUGCAGCUAAAAAAACAUGAAUUAACUCACAGCUGAUAAUAAGUAAGCAGAUAAUCAAGUAAAUGAUAAGUAAUAAGUAAUAACUCCUUGUAGAUAAAGACAUAAUUCUGAUGUGACGUCUCACAUUUGUUGGUUUUGUAAAGAGUUACCAAAGGCAGGAGAUCCUUUUUUAUGUAAUUGUAAAUGUUAGGGAAGUAAUUUAAUUCACGCAGCAUGCCUGAUGAAAAUAGCUGAAGAUGAAAUCAAAAAAAAAAAAAAAUCUAAAAAGAGCAAGAAGGAUUUGGUCACUGAGCAUAGCUGUUCAAUUUGUAAAUAUAAAUUUAAAUCGAUUAUAAAAUACACUCUUCGUUUUGAUUUCUCUGUUACAAUCAAUAACUUUGUGCUUAUUUUAUUAGGUCUAAUAAGCCUUAGCUUUUCUAUUGCGUUAAUAAUCAUAUGCUAUAAAGCCUUCUUUAAAGUUAUACCGAAGCAGCUAGAAUUAAUUAGUGAUAUAAAAGAUAAAUUAAUUAUUUAUUUAUAUGACCAAGAAAAGGAAACAUAUUUCUAUGACCAAACCCUCAGUCUCAGUUUGUAUUAAAAAGAAAAUAAAACAAUUCCUCAAACCAUCAACACGUAGCAUAAGAGUCCUAAUCAAAAAAAUGAUAUUUAAUAUUUUAAUAUCUAAGAACAACAAUUAUGA